AUAAAGCGCUCAAUAACCACAAACCCAUUCCAGAAAAAAUAAACAAAAAUCAAGAGGAAAGAAAAAAAAAAUGGCGUGCAGAACUGUAAUCAUGCGCUCCGCCGUGCUAUUAUCCCCCUGCAAUCGCGUCGCUGCCCUCUCCUCCUCCUUCUCCUCCGCUUCGGUAUUUUCCCGCCAUCGAUCUAGGGUUAGGGUUUUCCGCUCCUCCGUCCCCUUGCGAUGCUCCUCCUCCUCCUCCAAUGGCGAAAACACCCCUCCUCCUCAGCAGGACGGGGAGCAAAGCCCGCCGCAGGAGGUUGUUCUCAAGGCUAUUUCCGAAGUGUCCAAGACUGAGGGAAGAGUGGCACAAACCACAAAUGUUAUAAUUGGUGGAACAGUGACAGAUGAUGCUACUAAUGAAUGGCUUGAACUGGAUCAGAAGGUGAAUUCAUAUCCAAUGGUCAGAGGGUUCACUGCAAUAGGAACUGGAGGUGAUGAUUUUGUCCAAGCGAUGGUCGUUGCUGUUGAAUCUGUACUUCAGGAGCCAAUCCCGAAGGGUCAAAUUAGUCAAAAAGUAUCGUCAAGGGGGAAGUAUGUCUCUGUUAAUAUUGGACCAAUUCGUGUGGUGUCUAGCGAGCAGGGAGGAAGCAGAACAUGACACCUCUUGGUACCAAUUUUGUAUCAGUGAAAAUGGUACAUAAAACUCGUGCAAACAGUUAAAAUUCAGUGCAAAAAAAAUGAGAUGGGUUACAGAAGACUAUCUUUUAGCUGUACUACUACUAAUUGCAAGUAACUCUCUAAGUUAAUCCUAUUUAUUACGACCAUGUUCAUCCUGCUUAAUUUAUGACAACGGAAGGUUUCUACAAAAAUUGAAGUGUUUUGUUGUGUUGAAAGUUUAGGCCAAGUACAAGGUUUAGAUCACAGAUGUUGGGAAUGUGGGAUGCUAUAGCAGACCGCGACCCGAGUUCAAUCGUCCCAUAUUCGCAGUGGGACACGACCUAAGUUACCAACUCGAGCAACCUGAUUUAUUAUUCAAGCCAGUUAAUUUUUUUAAAAAGCUAUUUUUCAAAAGAAUAAACAGAAAAA